AUGAAUCCAUCCGCUUCUUUACUUGGUAAUCACAAGGAUGAGUCUGUAGCCGGCCUUCAUUUUAAAGAACUGAUUGAGAAGGCAGAUGUUUUUUCUGGGGUGUUUUCAGGUGGGCACAAAUAUGAAAUCAUGAAGAAAUUGCAGCAGAGGAAACACAUGGUUGGCAAGACAAGUGAUGAUGUCAAUGAACAAGGCAGAGAUAUAGGAAUUGCAGUUUCUGACUCUGCAAGAAGUGCUUCUGACAUUAUGCUCACUAAACCUGGGCUUAGUGUUAUCAUUAGAGUGGAGCCAUAUUUUAGAGAAUGA